UCCUUCUGUCCGAGUUUUCCCUGUUUGGACUUAAACAGGCUUAGCUCGUUCAAAUUUUGGGAUAUUUUAAAUUUAAAUUGUUUAACGAGCAAGCCACCGAGAAAUGGCGGCUGCCAGCAUGGAGAAGGGUGAGCUGAUGAACCAGGUGAAACAACAGAUCGCAUUGGCCAAUGCCCAGGAGAUGCUCUCGAAGAUGACGGAGAAGUGCUUCAAGAAGUGCAUCCAGAAGCCGGGCAAAUCACUGGACUCCACCGAGCAGCGAUGCAUUUCGCAGUGCAUGGAUCGCUUCAUGGACGCCUGGAAUCUGGUGUCGCGCACCUAUGGCAAUCGUCUGCAGCGGGAACAGUACAGGAGCAUGGAAUCGGUGGAGAUGACCAGCUAGGACUAGCAGCUAGGUUGCACUCAUCUUGCAAUUAAAAUCGAAUUUAUUUUGUUUGUGAUCCAAUCUCAACUCAA